AUGUCAUCUCUUCCCUUUAUGGUCCCUAUCAUCACUUCCGUCCUCUCUCUGGAAGGUGAACUCAUCGAAGUAAGUGAGAGAGAUGCGGAUAAAGCUUUGCACUACGCGCUGGACACGCAGGGCAUCGAGCUGUACCCUGAAAUUGAACGGGCAUUGAUUCGGAAAAUUUAUUGGUGCAUUCUACCGAUUGUCGCGGCACUUAUGUCCUGUCAACUUAUGGACAAAACCACUAAUUCUUACGCGUCUAGUACGAAAACAAGAUGCUGCUGCCUCCACCGAUUACCUACUACUUUCAACGGUCUUGACGGGUCCCUAACUUAA